AUGGGGAUAGGGACUACAACCGGAAACUCGAACGACGAUCACGACCCUUACGAAGCCUACGAAGACUCGGAGAAGACACCGGACAGCAACAGUGUCGGGCCGGAGCUCACCCUAGAGAGAGCCAUCGAACACGCACGCCGUCAACAGAACUCCCCGCCGCGGGCAGCGCCACCAGUGUCCGACCACCACUGUGCAUCGACCACCGCCGUUCGAACCCCAACAAGCAGCACCAAGGAAACUCGACGAGGAAGCUGGGCAGGACGCAAGCCUUGCCGAAGGUCGCCAAGCGAAGAGCCAACGCCAUUCGAAGAAACACGGAAAGCUCCCAGACGAUGUCUACAACAAGAACACGACACGAGAGCGCUGUCACCGCCAGAUCCGCAGAUCUUAGGUUUUCACCUGGAGCCCCUUGCUCGUCGAAUACCGCGCCUCAGCCAUACCACCAUCGGAGAGCGGCACACUGUGAACUCCAAGGCGGUGUCUUCAAGAAGAUCACGACACAAGAGCGCCGCCACCGCCCGAUCCGAGAAUCUUGGGCUUUCACCCGGAGCACGUAGAAGGACAAGGAGAAGCCUCAACGACGCCUUCAAGAAGGGAGCGGCGUCCGCGGACGUCACCGUCGUGGCCCGAGCGGGCAAGGGUUUCCCCUCGGCGAACACUCCCACCUUCUACACAGGAAACCGAUCGACGAAACGGCUGAUCCGCUGCCACCGCGCGCUGCUCGCCGGCCACCACGUCGCCCCCGCGACCAUGGUUUCCGGCCAACCCCUGAGCCACUGGCACGCCCGCCAACCAAAAUGGCUCCCACCGACCAGGGCCACCGCCCCGGCUCCCAACUCUGCACCCUGCCACACUGAGAAAAAUGAGGACUUUGCUGUGAGGGCACCGGACUCCAACCGAGGAGCCGGCCAACCGCCGCACCUUGCGCCGCCGCCACCAGGAGGGGAACAUAGCCAGAUCGGCCUCCAGCAACCCCCAUGGCUGCCGGCGCUCACGGAUCUGGGGAGAAAAUGGGCUCGAAAGGGGCCCGGGGCCCCUGCCCCGGCCCGAACUCAAGGCGGCCAGAUCUGGCAACACCAUCUCACCAGGACCCCUCCACGCCGGAGCGGACGGGCGCCGCAGCUGCCGGCCGAGCAGCUGGCCGGACCGGGCCCCACGCGCGCCGCCAUCACCUUCACCAGCCCGCCAUGGCUCGAGCUCGCGCCGCCGCGCCGGAGCCGCUCCGAGGAGCCGCGCCGCCACGAGCGCGCCAAGGAAGCGCCGUCACCACGCCGAGGUCGGAGCUCCGCGCCGCCGCGCCCGCCGCCCGGCGCGACGCCCUCACCGGCCGCCGGGGCCGCGCCACGGCCACCGCGCGAGGGGGUAGAGGGCCCCGCCACCGCCGGCGCCGCGCGGGCUUUGCCCGGCGACGCCCUGUGGCAGCGGCGAGGGGAGGGGGAGAAGAGGAGGAGGGUCGAGGAGGACACGUGGAAACUAUACAAAAAAAAAAUCGAAUGA